UGAGAGAGGAGUUAGUCGCUGCAUCGUCUUAGUUGCAUAAUGUGGAAACACCUCAGGUGAAGGAGACUUCCCACCACGGACAGACCCGAGACGACAUCGAGAACAAGCUGGAUUAAUUUAUUUGAAGAGGCGUCAGCUAUGACUACAUUUCAAAAUCAAAGUGUUUCUGAGCAUCUCCAUGGAUUCAUUAUUUCAAAGGUUUCUCUCGGCUAGAGGAACCACAUCCGGCCCACAGCCCGGCGGUGAUGCUGGCCAUGCAGCGCUCCAACUCCUCGGGCAUCAUUGCCUCCUUUUCCCUCUCCAACCACACCGCCAUGGUGCAGGAGCCGGAGGUGGAGGCCGUAGUGGCUCGUAACGCCACCCGUUCGCCCAGCAACCCCACGCCGGCGGGCCUCACCAUGACUCUGGGCAUCCUGUUCAACGUGGUGGCCCUCAUCAUCCUCGCCAAGGCUUACAAUCGCUUCCGGCGGCGGUCCAAGGCCACUUUUCUGCUCUUCGCCAGCUCCCUGGUGGCCACGGAUCUGGCUGGACAUGUGAUCCCCGGUGCUCUGGUGCUGAGCAGAUACUCAACAAACACCACACCCGACCCCAUCUCCAGCUUUCGGGCAGAUUCUGCAGAUCCCGACGCCUCGUGUCUGUUUCUGGGAGGAUGCAUGGUGUUCUUCGGCCUGUGCCCGCUCUUUCUGGGCUGUGCCAUGGCCGCCGAGCGCUGCAUGGGCGUCACCAGGCCUUUGCUGCACGCCCGCCUGGUGACCACAGCACGGACUAAGAUGGCCCUGACCCUGAUCUGGCUCCUGGCUUUAUGUGUGGCCGUUCUGCCCUUCUUCAACCUGGGGGCCUACACCAACCAGUACCCGGGGACGUGGUGCUUUAUCAGGGUGAUGGAGGGCACGACGGCCACAGAUCUGGCCUUCGUGACGCUGUUCACUGGACUGGCUUUGAGCUCUCUGGGCCUGGCCUUCGUGUGCAACACCAUCAGUGGGAUCACGUUAGUGAGAGCUCGGCUAAAGAAGAGGUCGUGCUCCCAGCGCUGCUCGGCCAGGUCUCACGACACCGAGAUGGUGGUCCAGCUGGUCGGCAUCAUGAUCACCUCCUGCAUCUGCUGGAGCCCUCUGCUGAUCUUUGGACUGACGUCGGCCAUGCGCUCCUACAACGGCUCCCUCCACAGUGACUUAGACACUUACAGAGGCCUCAUGGUGACGGGGGUCCGAAUGGCCACCUGUAACCAGAUCCUGGACCCGUGGGUCUACAUCCUGCUGCGACGCGCCAUCCUCAGAAAAAUCUACCGCAUCACUAAAAAGCAGGCCAGCUUCAAGGGGAGCACGUUCCGCUCCGUCCGCUGGGACGUCAGCCCCUUUCAGAACUCUGAGAAAAACUCUGUUAAUAAGAUUUAAGGAAAGAAGGGAAGACUGGAUACGUGGCAUGAGUCUCUUUUUGAGGGAUGAUCUUUCACCUGUCAGUGCUGAAUGCAGCUUUCAAUCAUCUGGAUGUGAAUUCAGUAUUAAAAAGCCUUUCUGUCUUGACUGAUGGGAAUACGAGACACCCGGUUUCUGUAAAUGAAGUAUUAUGAGAGUGGAUCCAAUGUUCCAGAUCUGAAAUAUCAAGCUGAGGAUGACCUCUGAGGUGGUUCGACGGAGUGCAUGAGCCAAUGUGACACUAAGAAAGUGGACUCAUCCUAAACUGCUACUAGCGUACAUGAGAGUGCAAUGACAGUCUGUCCUCUGUGAGAGCAGAUGUAAAUAAAAACGAUUUUGUCAGUCGGACUACGAUGUGUUAACCUCCUGACAAAGCGGAGACUCCAUCUCGUCUUAAAGCAAACAUCUCAGCUCGAAAGCUUUGUCUUUAAAUGCUCUGUUCUCACACAAUGUAAAAGUCAAUGACUUGUGUAAAUGCUCACCUGAGCACAAAAAGAAAAAGGCUGUGCUUUUACCUCAGCAUGAAGAUGUGAAAAACGCUGUGUGUGUGUGUGUGUGUGUGUGUGUGUGUGUGUGUGUGUGUGUGUGUGUGUGUGUGUCCAGCGUGGCGCUACGACAUGAAUGUGAGUCUUUAUUGCGUGUUAGUGAAUGUAUCUACAGUGUAUGUAUCCUCCCCGAGUGUCUGGGGACCGAAGUGAAGCUACGUGUCGCAAAAGCUAACUCAAUGUGAUGUUGUUGAGAAAAAGGGAAUGUAGGAUUAUAGAAUAAAUGGCUGUCGAUGAA